CUCAGCUGCUCGCAGUCUGCACAGUCCAGCCCUGGCACCGCUGAACUGGCGUCUGCAACUGCGCCAAACCUGAUUUUUAGAUCAGACGAUUUUUCUGUUCCUUUUUGUUGAAGAUGGCCUAACUCCGACAGAGCCUCUGCUGGCCAGAUCGGCUGAAGUGCCAGAGACUGAUUCCAGCCUUCGUCACUCUCAUCGGUGUUUGAGGGGGCUGCUCUGCAGAUGGGAGGUCGCCAACCUGUCACCUGUUUAGCUCAAAUGCACUAUCUACCCUCCGCCCUCGUCAUCUAAGAUGGCCGACCAUGGUCUCCUCCUGCACCUGAACAGACUGGAGCAGAGCCGCGUGUUACCAUGGUGAUCAUUUUCUCGAAAACACUGGAAAAGAAGAAGGGUGUCAAUGAUGUAAGGUCCAAGAACAACGAGAGACUGCUGCGUGAGCUCCACACCAUGAGCAGAGGGACCACCCUCUUCUCUUGUGGAACUGUGGAAGCAGACAGGUGGCUGGACCGAGGGCGAAGCUGUGCCAUCCAGCAGGGAGCUCCCUGCCAGUCUGGAACAGGUCUGGAAAGCCUGUGGGACAUAAUGCCUGAGCAAGGGAACCGGCCCUGGGCCAAGGAGCCGGGCAGCACCACAACCAUUACUAGCUUGAUUAAAGACCUCAGCCUUGGAGAUAGCAGCAAGACGAGCCCCCACUCUCACACCACAUCCAACGCUGCUCACUACACCACUACAGCCACCAGCCAGGCCCCCACAGCACCUCCCAGCAAGCGCCAGUGUCGCUCCCUGUCCUUCUCUGAUGAAUUCAGUGGCUGCCGGUCAUCUUGGAGGCCUCAAAGCUCCCGCGUGUGGACAGCAGUGGAGAAACGAAGGUGCCACAGCGGAGGAAGCGUCCGAGCAGGAGGGGGUGGUUUUUCUGGGGGUAGCUUUCCUGCCAUGCAACGCAGCUCUAGCUUUAGUUUGCCCUCGCGCUCCAGCAUCAGCACAGACGGGGCCCUGGACCUGCCGUUCUUCACCCAGCGACUGCCUCUGCACCCUCAGUUCACUGCCUCUCCAGUCUCCCCCACCUCUCCCCCGUCAAAUCAUCACCACUCCCGCCAACACCACCAUUUCCUCAGGCCUCUCUCCCUUUCCCACGAGCAGAUCAGCCUGCCUGAGCUGCAGAGGGAAGAGGCGUCUGAAGCCAGCUCUCCAGACUCCACCCCAGAGCUGGGGAGGCGUGCGGGGCAGAGGGCGGGAGGCACAGGCUGUCUGUCCCGGAGCAGGUCCCAGCCCUGUGUACUAAAUGAUAAAAAGAUUGGUAUGAAGCGCAGGAGGCCGGAGGACGCCCAGGAGCAGCGGCCCUCUCUGGACCUGGCUAAGAUGACUCAGAAACUUCAGACUUUUCAGAGCUUGAGCUGCCCUGGAUUUUCAGCCUCCGAUGGCUACCAAUCAAGCUUCCCCCCUCCUUCCUUUGAGACUAGCAGCCAACCAGAGUCAGACUUUGCCGCUGUGUCCAAGCUGAGGCUGGAGCCACGGCAGGAAGUGAUGGAGGAUGAUGAGGAAGAGGAUUCGUCCUAUGAGGAACUGGACAGUGACUCUGCUUGUAGCGUGGACUCCCGGUCUGGGUCUCCUGUAGACAUUGUGGACGGUAAACGCACCCUCUGGAAGGGUGACUGCGGAGCAAAGAGGGACAUUUUCCAGCUGGGCGGAGAGUUGGAUCUUGACCAGAUUGAGAGAAACUGAACAUUAUAAAGGAUGUUUUAAAAGACUGAGUGUUUUCGAAUGUCAAAGGAUAUUGAUGAUGUACCAAAAGAUGGCUCUUUAGAAAGGCAAUAAGGAAAAAGAAUGGUGGAGUAUUCUGACUACAAAAGGGAAGGAUGUUGGAAAGGUAUGAAGAAAGUGAUAAAAAUGAUAAAGGAUCGAGUAUGUUGUACACAAGACGGGGAAGCCAGAUUUUAACAGCUGGCGUUUUAGACUUUUGCCUUGAACAUUCUUACUGUUUGAAUCAAAAAGCAGUGAUCUUAGUUAUUUUUUAAUUGGGUAUUCAUCUUAACUCAGGAGUGGGAAAGUGAGGGUUAGUCUUAAGAAAAUCUCCCAGCACCCACUGUCUUUCCAACCUGAUGACCUUUCCAAAGUCGGCUAACAUUAGGUUUGUAGUACUGUAGCUGUAGCUGGGCUCUCUUGUAUUUACUCAAGUUUGUUUUUCAGAGAAGGCGGGGGUAUGAAUGAUGGGAUGUAACAACCAGUGGUAAACGGCAGAAAAAGAAGCUUCUCACAGACUUACCCUCGACCUUUCUCUCCAUCUUUUGUGUGCACAGGAAAAUCUGACUUUGCUGAAUGUAGACUCAAUAAGCUUUAAGAGGACUUAGGAAAGUGGCAGUGCCUUCUUGUGGAUGCUUGCUCUUCCUUUUCACUUCAUGAAACUAGCCUCAGUGAAAACCACAAUUUCUGACUUUUUUUUUUGUAGUUUCUUAAUAUGCAAAUUGUAUAUUUGAAUUAAACACUGAAUCUCAAGUUUUCAAUUCUAAUUUCAGUGUAUAUUUUUCUAAGUAACUGUUUUUUAUGAGCUGUUUGUGAAGGAACAAGAAUGCAAGGCCUUUCUUCUAACAGAAUGAUCCUGAAAUAAAUUUGCAGCCUGCACUUA